AACAAAUCAUUUUUAUUUUAGCCGCCUUUACAAUUUCUGCUUUUUUGUUAUGGCUGCUGCGGAACAGGAUUUCAAUGAUUUGCUGGACAACAUUGUUUUGGCAGAAGAAAAUAUAGCGCAAGAGAGUUACCAGGAAGGUUUAGAAGUGGGUCGUGCACGUGGGGAGAAGGAAGGUUAUGAGCUAGGCUACGAGCAAGGAUUACGACUUGGCAAGGAAUUAGGUGAAAUUUACAGCAUUGUAUUGGCACAACAACAACAAAAACACACUGAAAAAGUACAACGUGCAUUGCAACAAUUACGUACAAGCAUAGACCAAUUUCCACGUGAUAAUAAUCCCGAAGCCGAUAUAAUUGGCAUGGUGGAGGAUAUACGCAAUCAAUACAAACGAGUACGUGUGUUGACGGCAGGCAAGGUUGGAAAGACAACGAAAAAAGUAGAAAACAACAGCAGUAGUGGUGGUGCGACAGAGGUGGUCAAAGAUUUUUCUUUUUAAAAAUCGAAACACCUGAUAAAA